AUGUUAAUUCUUGCUGGAAAAAAAUUAAAAGACUUAAGUGAAUAUACUCAAAUAUAGAAUAAUGAAAUCAAACAUUUGGACAUUUCAGUACUGAUUUAUUAUUAUUUUGAUAGAACAAUUUGCUUAAAUCUGGAAAGGAAUUUGCUUAUUUUCAAAAUUUAGAGACGUUGAUCAUUGAUAAUAAUUAUUAUUUUAAUCUAAAUGAUUUUCCUUAACUUCCACAACUCGUUACUUUAAGUGCAAAUAAGAAUAAUUUUAAUAAUUUAGAAAUGUAAUUCUGAUCUAUUUAUAGAUAGUUUCAUAGAAGAUUGCUAAUCUAAGUUUCCUAAACUAACACAUUUGAGUCUCAUAAAAAAUCCAAUUUGUCCCAUGUUUAUUGGCGAGGAAGAAUAUUAAACAUAUAGAUCAACUCUAAUCAAAUAACUAAGAAAUUUAAAAAAUAUAGAUGGAUUGCCAGUUGACCCAAAAGAAGGUGAUCCAAAUUAUUUUAAAUAAUAAAAAAUUUAGUAAUAGUAAUAGCAAUAAUUAAAUGUAAUUCUAUUACUUAAAUAGCAGAACCAUGACGAGGCUAAAGGAACUAUUGAAUUCAACUAAAAAUAUUCAAAACCAGUGUCUAAAACUGUUAAACAAAGAAGUGAGGGCAAUAGAUUUGUUAAGAACAAUCAAUUGUGAUUAACUAUAUGUUUUUGUGUUAAUAGAAUC